UCACUCAAACAUCAUCUAGAAACCUUGAUUGUCUUGAUCAUGUCAUACUUAUGUAAACAUGAUUCUCUUGUUACUCUUAUCAACCAUCUUGGUUACUUCUAAUGGAUCCUUGAUGUCUGAUGAUGAUUAUUCAAUAUGGGACAAUUUAAAUUUACUUCAAGAUGAUAAGGACUAUGUUUUCCCUAUUGAAGAUUCAAAGGAACAAGAAAGUCUUGAAACUGGUUUUAUUGAUGAUAUCAACCUAUCAACUAUAGAGCAGGAACAUGGAUCCCCUAAUUCCGUUAUUCGAUCUGCCACGUUUGAUUGUGGGCCCAGCUCUACUGAAGAACCUGAUUAUAUGGAUUACGAUGAAUCAUUGAGAAUAAAUAAAGCUACGUCAUCAAGAGGACUUGAUAAAACUCUGCUUUGUGGUUUACUCAUUUUUGGUCUUCUAUUAUGGCAUUUGCCAUAUUUUAGAAUAUUUUUAUAUAAUUUUAUGUAACUUACAACACAUGACCGCACAUAAUUUAAAUUCAAAAGUGAACCACGUGGAUGAAUCACGUGACUAUGCCACAUGAUCAGGCCACGUGACAUGAAAAUGGUGGGGAACUAACUGGACUUCAGUUCAGUCUCUAAAAUCACCGUAUCGAAGUACCUGAUAUUUCUAAAAGAUAUCUAUAUGUGCUGGUAGAAAAAUAUAUUUAUUAUAACAAUAAACUUUGUAGUUUGUUUGUUAACUAUAACUCAUGUGCGUGAGUGAAAAUAAGGAAAUAAUGAAUGUUUUUGUAAAUUUAAACAAUGUCGUUGUAUUUCCAUGGGAAUAAGCAUGAUCGCCAUGUUGUAUAAGUUACUGUAAAGUGAUGAAAAGUGGAGAAAAAAGAAUGAAGAAAAUAAGAAAAGAAAGAGGAAUUAAUUGAAUAUGUUAAGAUUCAAUUUUAUUUAAAAUUAGCCAUGUAAAAUUGGGCCUUUAAUUGGUUAGACUUUCAAUGGAGUAAAGUAGAAAGGUUAACCUUUAUUGGUGCUGAAUUAUAAGACUGAAUAAAAGUAAUUAUUUAAUUAUUUUCAAGCUUUACAACAUCAAGACUGUGAUUAUUAAUUUCGGCGAAUUUUCAAAUUUAUCAAUUGUUGUGCGCAUGUACCCGCGUUUAGUAUUACGCUUGCGCACUCACAAUUUAUUUUAUAUAUUUUUGAUACAUGCGUAUUACCUGUUAUCAUUGAAAAUAUUGGAGGCAAAGCUGCUGACGCUUGCAAUGACGGAUAUAUAUGAAUGCCCGAGAUAAUAAGGAACUUCCGAUCAUUGAAAGAACAAAGCCCUUUCACUGUUUCUUGGGCUCAUGAUAGUUGAAUUUAUUUUAUUAUCAAAAAAAAUAUGUUGAUUAUUUAUUAAAUAAAUCAAAGUAUUAGAUAGAAAAUUAUCUAGUUGUUAUUAUUAAUUAAAAGGAAAGAAAUUGUCUAUAAGACGUUAACUCAAAAUCAAAAAUGAAUAGCAAUCAUGUUACAACUUGUACGAUGAUCAUGACAACUCCAAUAAAUCAUAAUGAUGACGAUGAUGAUAGUGACGAUGAAGAGCUUUCUUCUAGGACUUCUUUUCUUGACAAUCAUUGUACUAUUAACAAUGAAAUGUUGAAUGACGUUGACCUUGUGAAUACUCCAAAUACCUGGCUACCAGCCUACGGCUAUCAAAUUCAACAGCAUUCUUUUAACCGUCCAAGUCAUGAAGAUUUACAAGCCAAUGAAACAAAUUUAACUCAACACAUUGAUUUUUUGGAGACUAUUUUUGAAGAAACUUCGGAAGAACUCCAAAGUGAUUCUGAUAGAAGUGAUGGUACUACUCAUUGGCUUGGAUCUGAUUCAGAGACUGAAAGUGUUAUUCACAUAACGAGUAAUCAAACCACCUCAGGAGAGCAGUUGCACUGCAGUGAAAGUGAAUGUCACUCCAUAGUUCCAGAAAAAUGUCGAUGUCAAAGUAGCUCAGGAGACUGUUAUUGCUGGUGCAAAUCGUCAACGACAUCAAUCUUGAAAGAAAAUAGAUGGACGACAUUGCCACGUUCUUUAUCAAGAUCAUCAACGUCUUCAUGUUCUUCUUCACUCAUUCAGUUUGAAAAUAAUGAAAGAGCGUGCGCUGUCGUAUCCCCAUCAGGUUAUAGUUAUGACUCUCUUGAGUAUUCAAACUGUUCCAAUUCUUACUUUGAUAAUACUUCUCCAGAUAGCUUAGAAGAUUCAGAAAAUGAAAUUUUUAGUCCAAAGGAAUAUAAUUCAAAUAAUGAAAAUAUUUCAUCAUACUCUAAUAUACGGCCUUAUAGAAGCUUCGAGAGUCUAGAUACUUGUGAAGAUAAUCAAUUUGGUAAUUUAUCGAACUACAAAAAACGACAAUUCAAAAGGGACGUUUGGCAAGAGACAUAUGACCGCGAAGACUAUUCACAUGGGAGUUUUGAAGAUGAUAAUUAUCAUCAUAAUCAUCCAAGCUUGGAUUGGACAAGUACGAUAGAUUUGCGUGAGAUUGGUCUUGAAUCGGAUGGCCGAGAAGCUGUGCUGUUGAGUUUAACUCGGUCUCAGAUUGGCUCGACGUCCGAUUCACCUUAUGCUAAGCUAAAUAUAGACUAUGGCAACAACACAGCACUAAGAAUUAUGCCUACUGAACAACGAGGGUGGAGCAACUCGAAGUCGUCUGAUUUUAAUUUUAGAUUCACCAACAAGUCCCGUAGUGUACCCAGUCUUCCUAGUGACUUCGACGAGUUGUCAAGUUCUGCUGCUCGUAAUUUAUAUUACAACGAUAUCUACGAAACGUCAAGUACAACAGAUUUAUUCUCAAAAUUCACAGAAAACUUUACAAGAGUCAAUAGUGUGCCUGUGAAUCUCAAUCUAUUUGGUUCUAGUACAAGUCAAGUGUCAACGUAUGAUUCUGUGAAUGCAGAACAUUACGAAAUGGCGGAUAAAAGUGACAAAAUGGCGAGUUAUCAGCUGAACACAUUUUGCAAUAACGCUGAGAGCGAAAGAGAAGAAGAGGAGGAGGAAGAAAGAGCAGCUGUGAAGUAUGUAAACGUUGAAAAUGAAGAAGAAAAUAGUCAAGAUAUUCCUUCAGCAUACACAGCUAAAAUAAAUAAUAACUCGGAGAAUGGAAUAAAGAAGAAAACAGUAAAAAUUCAAGAUCGUGGUUUUGAUGUACUGACAAUAGAGAAUAAUAUUGAUGCAGUUGUGGAUGAAGCAAUCAGACAGCUUGGGAAUCAAGUGGAAGAAAUAAAUUACAGUGGAGAUAACACAGAACGAGUUAUGGAAAGCAUUCCAAGAAUCCCUUCCGUUAAAGACCGCUCGAGGAGGAUAAAGAAUAACGCCAGUUAUGAACUUGCCCAGCAGUGGGAGAUUGAUGAAAAAUCAUUAAAAUUUUUACCAUCAUCUCCAAAUGUUUGCAAUUCUCCUGCCACUAGGAAACGAGUGUUAAAUAAUGCUAGUUACGAAUUGGCACAGCAGUCGGAUUAUAUAAAAGGCCUUCAAUUGACCUCUAGACCCUUUCAACGUAUGAAUGCUUGUGAUGAACUUCAUGAAUCUUCAUAUAAUGAAGAAAAUAAUACAUCAUCAUACGGAAAUAAUAAAAAAUAUCUGGAAGAUCCAAAUAAUGACAAAUAUCAGCAAGAUGGAUUGUUAAAUCAGAUAAAAAAAAACUCUGUUGGUUUUUCAAUUUGUGGAGGAUUGGCUAAUUCCAGUAAUGCUUUGGGACCUUUGAUAGAUGAUGAAGUAGAUUUUUCCUAUUUGGAGACAAAAGUCAUCGGGAAUCAUAAUAAAAUAGAACGAGAAUUAGAGACAACAGUAGAUACAAAUAACGAACGAAAAAAUAAUAUAUAUGAAAACGAGUUUAAUGAUGAUGGAUUAAUGACGAUGACAAAUGAGGAAGAUAAGUUGGAUGAGUGUUCUUAUAGUGAUAAGAUGGCGCUAGUUGCAGAGAAUAGCAAGAAUGUAAAUGGAGAAGGAGCAUGCGACGCUGACAAUGAUCGGCAAAACCUUCAGCAAAUACCUGAAAUGAUUAGUAAGGAACAAGAGAAAUUGGCAUCGGUAUUGGUAGACGAAAGUAGAGAAAAAAAAGAGGGAGAAAGUAGCCAACAGCAGCAGCAGCACCAACAAUGCAUUCAACCUACUGAACAGAGUACUGUUCAUGCCACACGAGUGUGUAAUCAUGCUUCAGAGUUGAACACACGAUCUGGUAAUUCAAUAGUUGGGUGCGACCUCGGUGAGUGUGGGACGGAGAGAGAGGAGAAGAAGAAGGAAGUUAUUUAUGAAGGGGGCGAUAACCAGCUGAAGAGCCAGCCGACGUUAGUAAUGUUGACGAAGAGCUUGGAGAACGACGCGAUGGUGACAGCCCCAAGCGACGCUUCUGGUGAUGACGAAAAAAAGAAUAAACGAGGACUCGGUGGUUUCCUGCAGAGAUUCUCCAAAUUUAGAUUCAGUGGGCGUUCUAAAAGCCCGCGAUUAGAGUCUAAGAGAAGCAACAACAUUAAAAUUAAUACGAAGACAAGUGAAAUACAACCGACAAGUGUGGGAAAAAAAUUAGAACCUAAUUAUAUUAUCAUCCCGCUACAUCCGCCAGAAGACGAAGCCAAUACUGAAGAAAAGGGACAGAAUGACAGUUUAAAAAGUGCUGGCGUCUCAACUGAUACUGAGUUAAAUGCUUCAUUUAUUAGCACAAAUGGAAAGCCACCAGUUUGUACCAGUAAACCACCUUUACCACCACUUCAAAGUAUUCGCGCCUGUGCGUCGAGCCCGAGGACGACGUCGACUCCGGACUCGGUGAAUUCGCGCCGGCGCGCGAUAACAGACUUAGGCAACCCGGCUAUUAUCAAAAUGGCGAAGGCUCGUGCGAUGCAGCAACAUCAUCAUCACCAACAUCAAUAUCAUCAUCAUCAAGCAACCAACCAGCCGAAAGAUCAUCCUGGCGGGUUGCUUGAGACUGAUCUUGACGCUGAAAUUCAAGACAUUAAUGAAGAUCUAAUUGGACCUAGUAGCAUCGACGGUACUUCAACGUCUGACAAGAAGACCCGCAGCCUACUCAACCUUACUCAUACGUCCCGUCAAGGCCGUGAAAACGUACUGUUGCGCGUACCUCAGUCGCCAGCAGGGUUUAGUUGCGACGGAAAUAGUGGUGACCAUCCUGACUAUACGAUUACUGGUGAACCCAUCAACCAACGUCCUCACAAAUCUAUGGAGUUUCUCCUUGAUAAGGAGAAUUUACACUUUAUCAAGCCACCAGAGAAUGAACUCCAAAAAGGAAUGGCAGCUGAAAGAGUACCUAGUGAACACGAGCUGAGAGUUCAAAGGUCAUUACAACGAUUAAACGUUCCAGACUGGUAUAAAAAUUCACCAGCAGCGCGAGAUGGUUUCCGGUUAAAACGACAUUCAGAUGCAUCUCAACACAGCGGUUGGCGUUCACUUGGAUCAAAAACAACCUCUUUAUCUUCCCUCUCAUCGUCUUCCAACCUCCGGCAACCUAACAGAGGGUUGCUAUCGAGUCCAUCACCUCAACCAGUAUUUUCGAGAUGGAGUACAAGCCUUUUAAAUAGCACGGGCAGUUCUCCAGCAACUUCAACAGGGUCAUCAUUCAAUUACCGACAACCAUACCUUGGUUGGAGGUCGCAAGAACGAUUAGCAAAUCCACGAACGCCAGCAGAACGUUUGGCACAGGGAAUUCUCCCUCAGCUAGAUGCCAAACAAAAACAGCAACAACAACGAAGUAGUCAGCAACUUGAUGUCAGGAAUUCGAUAAAAGAAGUAACCUCAGCUAUUGUACACUAUGUACAAAGUGGUCAAGAAGUGUCUGCCAACGGUGGACGCAGUUCACCAAGGUUAUAUGGUGAUAAAGAUGAAAAUAGGAGUAAUGAAGAAUUAUCAUACACCAGUCUUAGAGGAGAAGGGAUGAAACUGUGCUGGAUGGAGAGCUCAUUUGUUGGCUCGAGGCCGGUUGAUUCGCCGGAAACGCCCAUGAGUUUGACAACGGAUAAAGAGUGUAGCGGAUGUAGCGCAAUGGGAAUGAAAACGUGUAGCUGUGUUAAUUCUGCUAAUUCAGGUCUUUAUCUGGAUCUGGUGGCGAGUGACGUGAGUAACUGUCCGUCCCCGUCCUCAGCAAGUUAUCAUCGAGAAACACAAAGAUAUCAUCAUCGUGACGUUCCUGGUCAAGAUGUCAAGGAACCAAAAGGCGUUACUAUGACAGCGGCAUUCUUUCGCAAUAAACCAAGCCCUGGUUCAACGACUCUUGAAGAUGUUUUGGAUUCUCUUCUGGGUUUACCAUCAGCCUCACGAACACCAAGUCCGGGAUCAAAAGCGGGGAAAAGUUGCAGUGACUUACGACAAGACCUCCCAGAGUCCGUUAAACGGGAAAUAGAGAUAAUUGAAAAGACAUUAAUGAAUUCAGAAAGAAAAGAUCGUCGUAAAAGUGAAGGAAGUGAUACAAUGCCAUCAUCUCAUCAUUUUUCACGAAAUCGCCGUGUCUCCUUUGAUAAUACUGCCCCUACUGAUAAAUACGUCGUAAAAUGUAAAAAUAACAAAUGUACCAAUUCAACGACUCUGGCUGACGCAAGAAAGGUCUACGAAAGCUGUCACUAUUGCAUGUACUUGUAUUGUUCUAAAGAAUGCAGAAGAGCACAUUGGCUUCAACGUCAUCGCAAGACUUGUCUACAUUCGCGUGUUGGUGCACUCUGUAGACAAGUAUUUUCGGCUGCAAAAGAUGAUUCAGCAACUUUAAAACAUAUUUCGCUUUUGGCAGGACGAGGAUACGUAGCUCACGGUCGUGGAGCAGUCAAAUGUUUUUUUUCUUCACCAGAAUCAGCGGAAAAAUUUAUUGCCAAUGGGUUCAAGGAUCUUGGAGAAUUGACUUACGUUCGCUCUUCAGAUCUUUUACUAAGUGAAAUGGGUGCUGAUUUAUAUACUGAGGUGAUGCGUCUCUGUAAAUCUUACAAUCCUGAUACUAAAAUGGUCCUUUAUGUGGCAAUAUGUGUGGUUAAAGAAGUACCAUGCGCUGAGGUCGGAGGUGUUAGAUGGGAACGACAGUUAAUAUCUCGUUGUGGUAAAAUUCGACAAGAUACAUCGCAGCAUCAUCAACAGCAAUCACAACCGCAGCAACAUCAUCAAGAUGUAGCUCCACCGAAAUCAAUAUCUCAGCCAGUUCUCUGUAAUAUUACAAGAGAAAUGGAUUCACCAGAAACUCUAGUAUUAACAUCUCUUCCACAGUCAAAUGAUGCUGGUGAAAAAGAAAAUACACCAAAUAAAGCUAGGGAAAUAGGCUUUGCAAAUAUUCAACGGCAGUUAAAAUUGCGUGGAGUAUCCCUUAGGAGACAUUUUCCUCAGGUUUAUAAAAAGUUAUGCUCCUACGUCGAUGGAUCGGUAGACAAGUUUGCACCUGUUACGAUUUAUCCUAUAGAUCAGGCCUCAGGGAAGAGUUUUAUGUGCAUAAUUAUGCUUGAUGCAGAACCCGAGAGGUUACAGCUUUUGCCAACAGACUCGUCACGGGUGAAAACUAUUGACAUUAGUGCCAUUGAACAGGAGUAAUGUUGAUUAAUGAAUAGUUAAAAUACCCGUCUCCUCAUUUGUCACAAAUGAGAUAAUUUUUUAAAGUUUGUUGAGUAAACUGCUAAGGCAAUGAAAAAUUUUAGUAAAGUCUAGCAAAAUCAUCAACUUUAAAUGCUCAUUAAUAUUAUUGUCCUUUUGAGAUCAAAAAAGAUUAUAAAAUUAAUUACUACAUACGCAUGAAUCGGAUAAAUAUAUUAUAUAAAAGAAAUAAUUAUUAUAUUCUUAGCAAUUAUAUUAAUCGCUGAAUCUCUUAUUAAAAGUAAUGCCUGUGCCAAAAUUAAAAAAUGAAGAAAAAUAAAAAUUUCGAUGUAAGCGAUGGUGCUCUAUUCUAAUUUGUUAAUUAUUUCACGCAUUAUAUCUGUUAUG